UAAAUAUUUAUACUUACAGGGAGCAUAUGAUAUUAGAUGGACUAGAUAUAAUAUAUGCCCAGGAUCCAAAUCAAAGAAUUCGACUAACAUAACAUUCGCAUUGGUAAAGGAAACUGCUGAUUAUCUUGCCAAACUAAUAAUAAUUGAUGUCUUCUGUAAAAAUUCAGUCGAUGAGAAGCGAUAAAGGCACUAACUCCAUUCAAGAUUCCUGAAGAUAUAUUCGACGAAUAUCUAUCUGAACUUUUUGAAGAAAUGCAAAGAAUGGAUUUUGAUGUCUACAAAUAUAAAAAAAUCUACCAGUAAAUUGGUUCAUAACUGCUUGUGUAUGUCAUAAAAAUUAGAAUUUUGUCUGACAUUUGGCCACAUGAUCUUUCCAAUAUUAAGUAGACAGGCGGUAAUGGGUCACGCAUGCAAAGUGUUUUCUUUCUAAAUUGCAAUGCUGGUACUUAUCAAAUCCUGAUGGCGAUUGUGACUCGACUUAUAUUCAGUUUCUGUAACAAUGUUGCAAAAUCAGCGUGUAAUUGCAUACAAUACCUUAUCACAUUGUAAAUUAUGAUUACUGGCGGUAGGGUGACACACCUACACACAUGAGGUUUCGUUACCCGUGCGUGGGUUUGUCCACAGCCCUUAUUGAGAAGACUAGUGCAAUGAUGUAUCUAGAAGAGUAUGUGAAUAUAUUGAAUUGGAAAAUGGACUCAAUGAUCCUAGACAUUGGUUGUGGCGAUGGGAGUUUGACAUCAAACAUUUUCAAAGAAAUAAUUCCGAAUUGCAAGACCAUGAUAGGCUGUGACAUAAGCGAAGAUAUGAUACGAUUCGCAAAUGAACACUAUGCUUCGGAACGUGUUAAUUUCACUACCCUUAACAUAGAGGGAGACCUGCCAGAUCAGCUAAGGGAACAUUUCCACCAUGUCAUUUCCUUUUUUGCUUUACACUGGUGUCUUCGUCAAGAAACUGCGUUCCAGAACAUAUACGAUAUCCUUAGGGACGAUGGAAGUUGUUUCGGGAUUGUCGUGGGAAAAACAUCAUUAUACGAUGCAUACAGGACCCUUGCUAAAACCGAAAAAUGGAAGCCAUGGGUUAUUGACGUUGAAAAAUAUAUAUCUCCAUACCAUGACAGUCAGGAUUCCCUUAAAGAAAUGCAACAAUUGUUAGGCAAAAUUAGAUUUACUACAACAAAAUUAGAACACAAGAAAAUAUUUCACGAGUACGAAAAUCUAGAGAAAUUAAAAGGUGGAAUAAUGUCUGUGGUGCCUUUCAAGAUCCCGGAUGAGUUACAUGAAGAUUUUUUUAAAGACUUAAGUCAAGAAAUGCAGAUGUUUGACACUAAAAAGUACAAUUACAAAAAAUCUACUGACGAUUUUGUCUUUAACGUGCAAAUACUCGUUUUAUAUGUAGAAAAAAAGUUAUAGUAUAUGUAUGUCGUUUUUUAGCAAUAUUAAUUGUUUUGGAAUUGAAAUGUAACAUUGCAAUAUUAAAUACAAUUAUUGAAAUACACAAACAUAUCUUUGAUUUUACAAUAACUUCUAAAAAUACACAGUUGAUAAAUAUCAGUCUGGGUUCACGAAUAUGCUUAUAGAAACAUUAUUAAUUUUAUGUAUAAUUAAUUUGUUUACACCG